AGGGUUGAAGGCCUCACGCGGUGUUUCCCGCUCAGCCCCCGCGAUAAUGGACCCGAGGGGAUGGACCCCGACGGCGUCAUCGAGAGCAACUGGAACGAGAUCGUGGACAGCUUUGACGACAUGAACCUGUCGGAGGCGCUGCUGCGCGGCAUCUACGCCUACGGCUUCGAGAAGCCCUCGGCCAUCCAGCAGCGCGCCAUCCUGCCCUGCAUCAAAGGUCCGGCGCCGCACAACGGCCCCAAACCGCCCCAAAACGGCCACAGAUG